CUUCAACUCGAAUAAAGUCCCAAAUUUUUCUAAUUUCUUUUUCUUUUUUCAAAAAUACUUUUUCAAAUUUGAGAAUUUGUUUUUGCGUUUUUGCAACAAUGCUCAUCUUGUGGCCUUUUCAUACAAUGCUGAAAGGACAGCGACUUCUCCCCUAGUCUUUCUUUGCGUUUGUGCUGUCUUGACAACACAAACACACAAACGGAUCAUUUUCCGUGGCACGCUGCCAUCCUGCCCCCUGGGUGAUGCCGAGCGGCAGCAUGAGUGGGGGCAUGUCUGGACCCACUUCCCCACCCCACCCCACCGUUCCAUCCAGACCUCUCCGGCCUAGUCGCUACGUGCCAGUCUCUGCGGCAACGGCCUUCUUGGUUGGCGCAACCACCCUCUUCUUCUGCUUCACGUGCCCUUGGCUUUCAGAGCAUUUUUCCGUUGCUGUGCCAAUAUACAAUGGCAUUAUGUUUCUGUUUGUUCUGGCCAACUUCUGUAUGGCCACUUUUAUGGAUCCUGGCAUCUUUCCUAGAGCUGAGGAAGAUGAGGAUAAAGAGGAUGAUUUCCGGGCUCCUCUUUACAAGACUGUGGAGAUUCGAGGCAUUCAAGUGCGGAUGAAGUGGUGCUCCACCUGCCGUUUCUACAGACCCCCGCGUUGCUCUCACUGCUCUGUGUGUGACAACUGUGUGGAGGAUUUUGAUCAUCACUGCCCGUGGGUCAACAACUGUAUCGGCCGGAGGAAUUACCGUUACUUCUUCCUGUUCCUGCUCUCUUUGACAGCUCACAUAAUGGGCGUUUUUGGCUUCGGCCUGCUUUUCAUUCUCUACCACACCCAGCAGCUGGACAGAGUGCAUUCAGCUGUCACUAUGGGUGUCAUGUGUGUUGCUGGGCUUUUCUUCAUCCCAGUGGCAGGUCUCACUGGUUUCCAUGUUGUUCUGGUGGCAAGAGGCAGGACCACCAAUGAGCAGGUAACAGGGAAGUUCAGGGGAGGCGUGAACCCCUUCACAAAUGGCUGCUUGAGGAACGUCUCGCACGUUCUGUGCAGCUCACAGGCACCCAGGUAUCUUGGUAGAAAGAGGAAGGCUCAGACGGUGUCUGUUCAGCCUCCUUUCCUCCGACCGCAGCUUACCGAAGCUCAACUGGCAGCCAAGGUGCUCGACAACGGAAUCCAAGGAGACCUUCACCGGUCUAAGAGCAGUUUGAUGGAGAGUCAGUCUGCUGAUGCCGAGCCUCCUCCUCCACCCAAACCAGAGCUCCGAUACCCUGGGCUGUCACGAGGACCUGCCGGACACUCUGAGGAGAGUAGUCUGUUGAAUAAAGCCCCACCCACCCCCACCAUGUUCAAGUACAGGCCCACAUACAGCAGCCCGGGCAAGAACCACACUGCCCUCACACAUGCCUAUGCCAACCAGUCCAGUCAGCAGCCAGGCUAUCGCUCUGAGCCCAGUCUGGAUGGGCGCGAGGGGGGUGGAGGAGCAGAGCGGAGCGGGCCAGAGCGAGCAGCUGGGGGUCCCGGAGGUCCUCCAGGCUCAGGGAUCAGCGGAUACUCCCUAGGAGGGCGUUCGUAUCCCUCAUUCUCUGAUACCACAGCUCUUGCCGGAGGGGCCUCGCGGUCCUCCAGCGUUCGCUCUUCCCACAACGCCCCGCCAUCCGAGGCCACCACCUCCACCAGCUACAAGAGCUUAGCCAAUCAGACGCCACCGCCGGCCCCUCGGAACGGCAGCUUGUCGUACGAUAGUCUGCUCACGCCGUCUGAAAGCCCAGAUUUCGAGUCUGCAGCACCCGAGAUGUCUCCAGGCCGGCCGCGCACGCCUGUGGUGGGAUACAGCUCUCCCUACCUGUCGGCACAGAUCGCCCAGCAGCGGGAGGCGGAGCUUCACCAGCCGUCCGCCUCCAGCGCUGCCCUCCUAGCCUCCCCGCAGCAUUCCGGCUAUCUACGUGGCUCCGCCUCCUCUCCGCCUGCCCCACCUGAACGUGAGCGGGAACGCCUGCUGCACGACUCUCAGCAGCAGCAGCANUUCUCGAGACCCCCUCUGCUCUCUGACUCGGGCCCGCCUCAGCCCUCGUACCCGUACCGCACGCGCUCCACUGACACGCCACUGCCGCCCACCACUCACCCUCCACGCUCGCCGCACCCCCCGCCGCUGGGGAAGUCUCUGUCUUACUCUAGCGCUGCCGCUGCUGAGAUGCAGUACCGCCUGGUCCGCAAAGCCUCGGCCUCAGUCGGGGGAGGGGGCAUACAGGCGCCAAAGGACGAGAUUCAGAUGAGGUCGUAUAGUCGGACAAACGGGCAGCCGAAACCUUCUUCCACCCCCUCGUCCCCCUCUCAUCCUGUCAGCGUGUCCACUCGCCCGGGUCAGGCGUAUUCCAGUGUUAGCUCUUCUCAGAGCCCCGCCCACAAGCCUGGAGGCGGGGUGAAGAAGGUGACGGGCGUCGGCGGGACCACUUACGAGAUCUCUGUGUGAGAGACGCUCCGCUUUGACCCGUGUUGUCAAGAAUGGAGAUCUGGACUCUUCACAGACACGUCAGAGAAAAUCCUGUUUGGUGGACAUUUAUUGGUGCCUGCAGGAAAGAUCUGAAAACAUCUGACCUCUGCUGUUAAUUUUUUUUUUUGAAAAGAGAAUAACGCUGACCAGCAGGUUUUGGUUAGAUAUGACGUAGAGGAGGAGGAGGAGGAGGAGGAGGAGCAGGGGGUCAUUUAUAGUGGGACUUCAGGACUCCUCACCAGUAAGGAGCUGGAGCGCAUAUUCAAUGUGACGGCUAAGGACCGGAUUGCCUUGAAAACAUUUCAGUACAUAACAACAAAAAAAAAGAUUUUUAUCCAACGUAAAUGUGUAAAAUGUUGUGUAUAGAGGAAAAAAUUAUCAGUUUUGUUUUGUUUUUUUUCCCCACAGAGUGGAAUUUGAUUUUUACAAAAGGGGACCUGUGGCAUUCAGUAGCCAUUUCAGACCACUGUGUUUGGCAUGCGACAAUGUUGCGUCUGUAUCCAAUCAGCACCAGGGAAGCAAAACAUUAGGAAAGAUUAGGAAAUGGACUAAUGCAUUAUUUAAGCAACAGCAGCCUUUUCAAGCGCAAGUAGUGUUUUCUGAGCAAUGGCCUUGGAAAUUCAAGGAAGUUUUUAUUUAAUUUUUAAAGUGUUAUUUUAUAUGACUUUAUAAAUGGCUAUUGAUAAGAUCAAAUGUUUUUUUUACAAAGGCUGAUGUUUGUUCUCUAUGGACUUUUAUCUAAUCAAAUCGAGGGAUAAAGAGCUGGUGGCCGUUCUAGCUGGAAAGAGAUCAGCCGGUAAACGGAGGGUUAACCGUAGCAUAAAAAUGCAUUUGAUAUGGUGGAGCCCAAUCUGCGGGGGGGCGUAUUUAAAAUUUUAUCCUGUAAACAUUGAUUGGCUGCCUCUUAGAUCAGUUGUUUUGUUUUUUUUUCACAUUUCAUUUUGUUAUAUUAAUAUGUGAGAGCCAAAUCUCAAUGGUGGCCUUGACUAGCCGGUCAUGUAGGCUUUAAAGCUUCCCGCUCAUGAUGCCACACAACAGGGGGGGAACCAUAUCAGUGCCCUCUGAUUGGACAGUUGAACCAAUCAGUGGAAGUUAGCCGUCAUUAUGAAUCAUCAAAAGCCUUCUAUUUUUAAUUAUUUAAUUCUUACCUAUUGCAUUCAAGAAGAUUGUGACAUUGUGCAGGACUCAUUUCAAUCAUCGUCUGUCUUGUCAAGGGGUGUCGAUUUAACAUUUUAGAUCAGAGCUGGCAAAUCAGGAGACAGAAUGUAUUUGCUGACUUACACAAAGCCAAUGAAUACACUUAUAGGAAUAUUUUGGAUCAAAAGAUGGAUUGAGGCGAGGGAGGAAAAGGAAAAAAAAGAACGUGUACUGUAUAGUUUGGUGUGAGUGAACAUGGUUGUGAAUAUGUGUAUGCGUGCGUGCGUGUGUGUGAGCAUUGGUAAUAAACUCUUUAUAAAUCA